AUGUGUUCUAUAAUGGCGAUUGGUUGUGGAUUUUGGGAAUAUAAUGUUGGUUCUAAAUUUCGCAUGUAUUUAUCUUGGGAAUCUUAUAUUUCAUCUAAUUCACGUACUGGUGCUAUUCAAAUGGGUUUACUUGUCUUUUUUUCCUAUGUUAUUUUAUUAAAUACUGUUGUACCAAUAUCACUUUAUAUUAGUAUAGAAUUUAUUCGUCUUUUUCAAUCGAAAUGGAUCGAUUGGGAUAAUAGUAUGUAUUAUGAACCAGAUAAUACACAAGCUCAAGCACGUACAGCAUCACUUAAUGAAGAAUUAGGUCAAAUUGAAUAUAUUUUUUCGGAUAAAACAGGAACAUUAACUCAGAAUAUAAUGACAUUCAAGAAAUGUUCUAUUCGAGGUAAAUUAUAUGGAGAUAUACCGAAUGAGAAUGACGACAAUAAACGAAUUGCUAAUGAAUUACAAGCAAUUAAAUUUGUAGAACAAGAUAAUAAUUUUAUUUGGUAUGACAAAACAUUAAUCGAUACUAUUGAUAAAAACGAAGAUAAUGAUGUUAAUCAUUUUUUUACACUUUUGGCAUUAUGUCAUACAGUUGUGACUGACGAACAGGAUGAUAAAAUUAUUUAUCAAGCUCAAUCACCUGAUGAAAAUGCGUUAGUAACAGCUGCACGUUCAUUUGGUUUUGCUUUUGUUAAUCGUACUCAAAGUAGUAUCAAAGUACGUUUUCGAAAUAAAAUCGAGACCUUUGAUCUAUUAAAUAUUCUCGAUUUUAAUAAUUAUCGAAAGCGUAUGUCCGUUAUAGUGAGAAAACAUGGACAAAUUAUUUUAUAUUGUAAAGGUGCUGAUUCAGUGAUACAAGAAAGAUUAGAUCCAUCAGAAAAAAAUAUUAUGACAUUAACACAUGAUCAUUUACAUAAAGUUGCUAGUGAAGGUUUACGUACAUUAUGUUUAGCAUGGAAAGAAUUGAAUGCAAAUGAUUAUGAAAAAUGGGCAAAAAAAUUAAAAAGAGCUACUACGAGUAUGCAAAGACGUGAAGAACAAAUUGAUGAAUUAUAUGAAGAAAUAGAAAAGAAUAUGAAAUUACUUGGUAUGACUGCAAUAGAAGAUAAACUUCAAGAUGGUGUACCUCAAUGUAUUGAAAGAUUAACAGAAGCUGAAAUUAAAAUUUGGAUGUUAACUGGUGAUAAAAUUGAAACUGCAGAAAAUAUUGGUUUUUCUUGUCGACUUUUAACAGAUGAUAUGAUAAUAAAAAGAAUUGAUGUUGAAACAGAAGAAGAUGUAAUGAAUGAAUUAAAUCGAUUUCGAAUUGAAUUAAUCGAAAAAAUUCAACAAUCAUUUAAUAUUCAUAUUGAUGAUCAAAAUAAAAGACUUAAUUGGAAAAAUUUAAGUAUUGAUGAACAUAAAUUUACUCAACAUACAAAUAAACAAAUAAAUUCAGAUGAUUUUCAAGGUUUUAGUUUAUUAAUAACAGGACAUGCAUUAAUUCAUGCAUUAUCAGAUAAAUUAAAAAUGAAAUUUCUUGAACUUGCUACAAUGUGUAAAGCAGUUAUAUGUUGUCGAGUAACACCUUUACAAAAAUCACAAGUAGUAGAAUUAAUUAUGAAACAUGAUAAAAUGAUUGUAUUAGCUAUUGGAGAUGGAGCUAAUGAUGUUUCUAUGAUACAAAAAGCACAUGUUGGUAUUGGAAUUAGUGGACAAGAAGGUCGACAAGCUGUUUUAGCAAGUGAUUAUAGUAUUGGUCAAUUUCGAUAUCUUGAACGAUUAUUACUUGUUCAUGGUCGAUGGUCUUAUAUACGUAUAUCAAAAUUUUUACGUUAUUUUUUCUAUAAAAAUUUUGCUUUUACAUUUUGUCAAUUUUGGUUUGCUUUGUAUUGUGGAUUUUCAGCUCAAACAAUAUUUGAUGCAUUCUUUGUCACUUGUUAUAAUAUUUUUUUUACAACUUGUCCUGUUGUAGUAUUAGGUUGUCUUGAACAAGAUAUAAGCGCAAAUCAUUCGAUUACUAAACCUCAUUUGUAUAUAGUUGGUCAAAAAGAUAAAUUAUUUAAUAGAAAAGUAUUCGUUGAAUGUGCUCUACAUGGUUUUAUAUCAUCGUGUAUAAUUUUCUUUUUUUCCUACUUAUGUAUAUUAUCAAGUACUGAAUCAUCUGGUGUAACAUUAACCGAUUUUCAAACAUUUGGUUUUAUGGUAGCAACUAUAUUAGUUAUUGUUGUUAAUAUAGAAAAUGCUCUUGAAAUGUGGUAUUGGACAGGCAUUUAUAUUUUUAUUUUAUUAGGUACAAUUGCACUUCAUUUUCUUUUACAUUUUAUCAUGUAUUCGACAAUAUUACGUAUAACUUUUAAAAUAAAUUAUCCAUAUGUUGGUAUUUUUCAAGUAGCAUUAAAAAGUGGAACAUUUUGGUUUACACUUCUACUUAUAUGUGCCAUACUUCUUUUACCUGUUGUUGGACGAGAGUAA